GGUUAAGUUAGUAAUGUAAUAUAUGAAGAAAUUGUUCAGAUCGGAAAUUUGACAUUAAUUACAACUUAAGGGGUUAGGGGUUGCUAUUAAAUCGUGUUAUUUUACAAAAGUAGUAAUAUGGCAUUAUUAUAGAAUGUGUUGACUUGAAGUCACGAAAAUUUCAAAAAAAAAAAAUAUUUUCCAAAGUUAUAGUUGUUUGUGUUGACCCAGUUCCAAAAAAAGGUACUUGCGGUGACAACCAUAAGUCCUUGGAGAUUCAUCUAAAAUCAAUCGGACAAAAAAAAAAGUUUUAUAAAUAGAUAACCCUGGGCUUGAUCGAAAAAUUUCAAAAAUUAACAAAAUUGCGGCCUCAGGAAAUUUUUGUCAAAAUUUUUUGGAAAAAAUCAACAGUUAAUUGAUCUUAAAAAACCGAAAUUGUUGAAAAAAAAUCCUUCGAUCAGGCUGAGUUUAUUAUGUAUUUUAAAAGCUGUAUAAAUUUCAUUAAAAUCUACUCAGCGGUUUUCAAGUUACAGUUGUCUCCAGUUCAAAAAACAUAGUUCUUAGAAAAACGCGUUUAAAGUUGCACACUAGCGCUUUGAAGUGUCCGAGCUCUCUUUGUUAUUUGCCGAAAAACUCAAAAACUAAUUAUCGGAUCAACGUGAAUAUUCAGAGACUAUUUUUAAGAUAUUACACUUAACGAAAAUGCAAAAAAAAAAUAUUUUUUUGAAAAGUCUGACUACCUCUAACCCCUUAAGGUAAUAAUAUAUUCUCCGAAAAAAUCGGAUUACUACUCGUAUACAUAUAGCUUCCAUACAAACUGAACACAUAGUUACUGAAAGAAAGGCACCUAUGAUGGGUAUCUUAGCUGCGGUGCAGCCGAUGUUAACGUUUUUUUCUUGUUUUCACAAAAUUUUGUUAUUGCCUUUCCUAAAUAGCGUCACUAGUUUCAGUUCUAAUUUCUGCUUGUACAAUUGUUGUAGAAGGUAAAUUUUAAUUUUUGUAAUUGUUUUUCAUUUAGUUUUUCCCUAUAUUUUCGGAAUCUUUAUCUCCUACUUUUUAGUUUAUUUUUUUGUUUUUUGAGUGUGACGGCACUUGAGUACAACUUACUGAGUAGUCAAACAGAUUUAUUUGUGCUUUAAUUUUUCUUAAAGCGUUCUCCCAUAGUAUUAUUUUAAAAACUUUUAAGUUUGUGAAUUUCUAGAAAAUCUAAUUCAAAUCCUAAUAAGUUAUUUUUUGUAUUUACUACUUGAACUACCAAGCAACGUAUUUGUUUUUAUUGUUUUUUCUAAUGGAAUUCUUCUUGCAUAUGGGUAAUCACUUCUUACAUAGCUACUUGUGGCAACGGAGUCAAUUAAUUGGGUGCGGUUCAUUGUAGUGUUGCAAGACCGUGCCGUCUUAUAAAAAAUGCUUCUCUUGUGUAUAUUCGCUCUGGGUUUCGUUGUAUAAUAAUUUGAUGUCUUCUAUUUCUUCAUUGUUGUCGAUUCAUUCCGCUGUUAUCUCUUUCUCUUUUGUAGCCGAAUGCUUUUGCUACUGGUUGAAAUGGGUUAUGAUGAGGUUGCGCAUAAUUCUGCUUGCCUGGUGUUUGCGACAUUUGGGUGUGGUUUUGGUGGUUGUAGUUUUGUCGCGUUAGUCUUCUGUAUUUUGCUGGUGAACAACGACCAUUGGUUCGACGCGUUGUUGCUGAUUGGGGUUACUGUGUGUAUUUUGCCCCACAUGGUUAUUUGUAUUGUAAAGAUUCAUUCGUGGAAUGUACCUAAGGUUUUUAUGUCUCGUAUCGUGUUGCAUCGUUCUGGCUAUACUAUAGUGCUAUUCAGAAUCUGGUGCAAAUGAUUUUGCAUAUUUGUAAUUGCAAAUUAGCGAGCAUAUUUUUGCUUUUACACUAACAAAAUGUACAGCGAUGCACCUGCUACACCCUUGCAAAGAAGCAACACUAAAACGUCAUUGUAUUAUUUGCAACACUGGUUUGCAAAAUAUCAGCUGUUGUCAAAAAUAAAAGCAAACAAAGAAAAGAGAUGGAGCAAACAGGUUUAAACAAAAAAAGAAUUAAACGUGAAAAACCAAACAAAAAGAGGAGUGAAAAAGAAAUCCAGAGUAUACUGGAUUUUUUGCAGGAUGCUCCAGAAGUAGAGCUCAUUGAGAGCACAAAAAUAGAUGCAACGUGGGAUUUAAUACGGUGGAAAGUGCGGCACCUGAAGGCUUCAUACAAAAAAGCAAGCGAUUGGCGAAUGUCAACAGGAGCAGGCCUUCUUGAGUCUGAUACCGGGACGUCGAGUGUUGAAGGCAAAGUGUUGCAGAUGUGCUCACACUUUAAUCAGCUUAAACAUAUUUUUGGAAAAAAAGCCACAAGUGAAUUACCAUUUGAAGUGGUUGAUAGUGGCAGUACGUCUAUAAUGAAUGAAAGCGCGGCUAACCAAAUACUGGAAAUAACUUUUUCUGAUGUCGGCGAAGAAAUUGCGUCUCCAAUUGACAUAACCAAUAUUGAAAAUCUACCACCAGGCAAUCUUACUGGAAAUGCCAGCGUCGCCAAUACCUCGUAUUAUAACAAUAUUAUUAAUAAGUUUGCCAUCAAAUUUAUCGACAACACUACUACGAAUAAGCGAGCAUUCUGCUCCAGAAUCAAAAUAAAUAGGAAAGAUCUCACCCUGGUGUGUCAAAACUCCUUUUGGCUCAGUCACAAAACAUUGAUGACAUUUCUUUUCAGUAACUGCUCCAGAUUUAGCUGCAUUGCUCGUACACCGAUUCGCAAGAUGCCCAAGUUGUCCACACCGGUAACAGGUCACAUUCUGCAACUCGCGAUGCUGUUUAUUCUCCAAUCCAGACCGCUGUGAUUUACAUUCCGCCAUUUUAUGUCCUGGUUUCUUGCAUAAGUUGCACACAAUUUUGGUUCGCUUGUAGUCGCCGCCAUUACUAUCAGUGUUCCCAGCGCUCCGCUUUUUGUCAAAUGUAAAUGCUUUUAGUUCCAUCUGGAGUUGACUUCUGGUUUGUACAGUUGACGAAAACACCAUACGCUGCAAACGGUUGUCAAAAUCGGCCAUAUGCGCAAGUACCGUGGAUACAGCUAUUUCUUCGGCGUUCAUAUUGCGCCAUUUUGUGGUCAAUGACGUCACCAUACGGCUUGCGUACACUGCAGGGCACUCAUUGUGGGCUGGACGGCUGUUCAGCAGAUUCAGGAACAUAGCUGCCGGCGUUUCCUUAAUCUCGAAACGCUGUAUAAAUAACUCCUUAAACUGCUCCCAAUUAAUGCCGGGAUAGCAGAUCUGUGCAAUCCACGCUGAAGCACUGCCCUGCAUGCAACUACUCAGCAUCAUGAUAAGUGCGCUGCCAUCAAUCUGCUGUUCGUCCAUAAUAAUGCUUGCCGUUGCACACCAUUGAGUCGCAUCAGCUCCGGUUGCAUCUGGGUUAAAUUUUGGCAAAACCACUUGAUUUGGUGAACGCACUGACGCUUGCAUCGCUUUGCACAUCUCGACAAGAUUUCGAUUUUGCAGUUCCAUAAUGGUACGCCACUGAUUUUCCGAAAAUGCAGGAGUUGGCACUGAUCCCACUUCUGAUGUUGGGUUACCAUUAUGUUUUUCCAUGUUUUACACUGAUUGUAUAUGGCGAGUAUACUUGCCCACGCCACAGUCAACUUGAGAAUGCCGCCAACAUUUUUAGCAUACCGAGAAUGCCAUUCAGAAAAUGUUGCACGAACAUACUUGUGUCUUUGUCCUUCGCAGUGGCUCAAGCAUACACGCACAACAGUCGUAGUGCGUAUCUUUCUUUCAAACCUUUAAUCUCACGCAACGUCUUUCUCUCAUAUUCGCAUCGAACUAUUCUGACCAUCUGGCGAAUAGAUGGAAUAAAGCGUACCAACAAACGACCGUUAGAAUACAUAAAUGAGAAUUGUCAUGUGGCACAUGUGUUUGAUUUGAGUCUUUUACACUGGUUACCAUAAGUUAAGAUCCGACACAUAUGUAAUUAAAAACUGAAAAAUGAAUUAAAAUACAUUUAAGAAAACAUUAAUGCGUAUAUGGCUUGUCAUUUAGUUUCUCCAACAUUGUUGGUUAUAUGCUCAUCAGGCUCAAUAGAAUCUUUGGUAGUAGUUGAUGGAUCUGAACCAUCGUCGAACGAAGUGGAACCAU